UCCCGACCACCAUGUGGCAACGACGAUGUGGCGCGCUGGGCGACGUGCUGGGGCGUACGGCCUUGCGGAGGCGUCGGUGCCGUUCAGCGUGGGCUCAAGCACUGUCAUGGGCCGAUAGAGACGAUGGUUGUAGGCGGGAAGCGAAGUCGAUGCCUGCGGGUGGGGAUACGGCCAGAGGCCGCCUGCAGCGCUGGAGACGCUUGCUUGACGACGAGGCACUUUGGGAGGAUCUCGGCUUUCACAAACUCUCAAAUUGUGAAGCUAGGCGCCAAUGGACGCGCAUCGGAGUCCCAACUGCUUCAAGUGGAUCCGUCGCAGAAUAACCCUGCGACAGAAUCACCUCUAUCGGUGUUCGAUCCCGCCGAACUUCAUCAUCGUCCGCGUCAAUAUUACCGCUAUUUCACUGCGCGGCGCGCGACCAUGCGCUGUUCUGCGCCGCUGGAUUGUUGGCGUUCCACUACUGACUCCUCGUCAUUGGCUAUCACGGACACAUUCGUCACGGUCCUUGUCUCUAGCUCAGUCAGCCAUCCGACCAACAUGCUGUCCUGGCUGCCUCCUCCGACAGCGAGACACUGGAAAUCAAGCAGCCGCGCCACGCGCGCUGACAUGUGA